AUGGCUAGGUGGACGUCGUGGCACGCUGGCCGCGACCGGCGUCGUCGACGUGUCGACCUCCCUUCCGAGCCUGCUCGGCUGCUCUGGUCCUCCGCCCGGCUGCCCGCAGCGGCAGCGGCUGCUGGCGGCGGUAGUGCUGCACCGGUCGUGCAGCGAGGAAUCCUAAGGCCGUUUGGAAGUUUCAAGGUGCCCGAAAAGCUGCCCGCAGCAGCACACGGGUGUGGCAGUGCUGCUAAUGUCAUGCUGAAAGGAGUGGGAGUGGGAGUGGGAGAAGAUUCAGGGGCCUUUUGGCAGAUUCAGGAGGUUCAGGAGGGGUUUACGCUGCAGCUGUCCGCCCCACUCUCCUCCUCCUCUCUUUCUUCCUCCUCUUCCUCUCUUUCCUCGACCUCGUCCUCCUCCUCCUCCUCCUCCUCCUCCUCCUCCUCCUCCUCCUCCUCCUCCUCCUCCUCCUCCUCCUCCUCCUCCUCCUCCUCCUCCCCACCACCCUCCUCCUCUCCAACCCGCUCUCGCCCUUCCCCCAUGCCCAUGCCACCGCUGCCAUCCCUCCUCCCCACGGACCAGCAGCAGCGGGUGGGCAGUGGGCCGGCGUUCAUGGGCAAUGUGUUUCUCGUGGCGGACCCCUCCAAGCGGGGCAUGCUGGGCGUCAAGGUCGAGCCGUCCCCCUUCACAGGGAUGGGGGAAUGGGUGGGGCAGCAGCAGCAGAAGCUCACAGGACCCCUCCAAGAGGGGCAUGCUGGGCGUCAAGGUCGAGCCGUCCCCCUUCACAGGGAUGGGCGAGUGGGUGGGGCAGCAGCAACAACAGCUGCAAGGCUGAGUGGUUGGGAUGGUUGCGGUCGAGCCGUCCCCCUUCACAGGGAUGGGCGAGUGGGUGGAGAAGCAGUGACAGCAUCUGUCAGGGUGAGUGGUGGGAAUGGGUGGGGUGUGGUUCGCGUGUUGUGUUUGGGCUGUGUGAGAAUGGCUGACCCCUUCGAUGGCCGGGGCAGAAGGGGCAGCCUCUGCAAGGCGCGCUAUCUGCGUCGCUUGCAGCUUUACCCGUUUACUCCGGACGAGGUGAAGGCCAGCACUGCUGGGCUGUGCCGUCGUGCUCCAGCGCGCUACCUGCGUCGCCUGCAGCUGUACCCGUUUGCUCCGGACGAGUUCCGCCACCCGCUUUUUUCCUUCGUGCCGGACGAGAGUCAGGUGCGGGCGGCACGGCAGUUACUGCGCCAGCUGGAGGGGCGGCAAGCGGCGGAGCGAUUCCAUGGAGUGCCGGUGUUCAGUGCAGCGAAUCUGACCAUUGCUGUGCCGUCCAAGGGCGGCCAGCUGAGGUGGGGGCCAGCUGAGAUGGUGAGUGGUGGUGGGGGCGUGCUGAGAUGUGCGGCGAAUCUGACCAUUGCUGUGCCGUCCAAGGGCGGCCAACUGAGGUGGUACCGCCCUUACUUUUUCAACAAGAAGCAGCUGGAUAAACUGCUGGCGUCGAGUGUGGAGCAAUACUUCAUGGGACUCAUGCGCGCGAGGAGGGCAGCGAGACAAGCACAGAUUGCGGCAGUGGAUGGCGCAGGGGCAGGAGGAGGGGGGGGAGGAGCAGAGGAGGAGGAUCCGUUUGACUCCUUCCCAGACCCGCACGAGUUUGCGGACGAUGGCAUGUUCCCAGACCCGCCAGAGAUGCAGGAGUUCGCCCAGGAGUUGGGUCCCAUGCUCGGCUCCUUCCCCUCCGCCUCCCUCGGUUCUUCCUCCCCCGGGUCAACCCUGCCGCUGCUGCGAGACGCUGAGAUGGUGGUGCAGGAGUGCAUGGAUCGGGUGCUGCUGAGCAGUCAAUGGGGGAGGAAAUUAGCUGGUUUGGAGCCUUCUUUUACCGUCAUUGUGGAUUCGUUUGAACGAAGCAGGAGUGCGUGCAUCGGGUGCUGCUGGGAAGUGAAUGGGGGAGGAAACUGGCCGGGCUGGAGCCUUCCUUCUGUCAUCGUGGACUCGUUUGAACGGAGGGUGGAGGAGGCAGAGGCGGUGGUGGAUGCGGAGAUCAAGGCUUUCGUUAGCUCUGCCAUCACCAGCCUCCUGAAGAAAUGCGAUCUGCUGCCGCAACAGCUCUCCACCGCACCUCACAAGGGGAAAGCAGAGGACAAAGCGAAGGAAAGGGGAAUGGCAAAGGACAGCUUUUUAAAAAGCGAGAGGAAGGGGGAUUCAGAGCAGGCGCUGUCAGUGCAGCAGCAGCAACAGGAGCAGGUGCAGCAGAACCGGCAGCAGCAGCAGGUGAAGGAGGAAAGGGGUUUGUCAGAAGCUGGUUCUUCCCUCUCCACUCGUCCCGCUGCCAGCACUGCCAGCACCACACUCCCUGGUGAUACUGUCACGCCCACAGUCCCUGAUACGAUCACAUCCCAAACCACUGAUACUGUCACAUCCGCUCCUCCUGAUACUGUCACGUCUGCUCACAGCAGCACGGCCAUCGAUAACAGCACACCCUCUACUACCACUGUCAUUGCUGCUACAGCAGCACCACCCACAGCCUCUCCUGCUUCUGAAACACCGCUUACAGGCACACGCAGCACAGUCACAGCUGCUGGGGGAAAGGGGGGAAAGGUGAAGGGGAGGGGGAGUGGGAGCAAGGAGGGCAGCAAGGAGGGGCAUGCCCUGGAAGGGGCUUUACUGGCUGGCCUGCUGCGAUUGAUGGGGGAGGAUGGUGCGGCUGACCUGCUGUACAAGGCAAUGGGAAUUGGUCGCACGAGCGGGGGUGGUGUUGGGGGAAAGGAAGGGGGUGGGUAUGGAAAGCGAAGGAUGGGAGAGGACGAGGCUUCUGAGCUGUUGGGUAAGGCUAUGGCCUUUUUAAACAGGGAUGGGGAUGAUGCUGGGAGGAAGAGUGGGGGUGAUGUUGGUGGAAAGUCUGGGAGUGAUGCUGGUGGGGAGAGUGGGAGUGUCACAGCGAAGAAUGGGAAUGAUAAAAGCACUGACAGUGUGGAUGAGGGAAAUGGGAAGAGUAAGGAUGAUAAGGCGCAGUCAUUUGGGAGCCAUGACGGGUGCGAUACUGGGUUGAGUGGUAUAGUUGGGAAGGAUGAGGCAUUGAUAGGAAGUGCAGCAGCAGCAGCAGCAGAGGCAGCCGCACAAGCAGCAGCAGAGGCAGCAUUAGCAGGAGUGAAAGAAGCCAUUGCAAUUGCAUCAAGGGACUUUGAGGAGACUGUUCGCAGGGGUGGUGUUCCGGACGCGAGUCGGGACCCACUGUUCAUUGCAGAUAUAGGGGAGGACAGGGAGGAAGCUGGGUGGGGAGAUAGAUCAGAAUUUGGCCUCAAGCGUGCUGGAUAA